AUGGACGAGGAGGAGAACUUUGCUCGCCUCCUCUCCGCAUCGACCCCUGCCCCUAAGCCAAAGUGGGGUGCUUCCGAAGACUCUGUCGCGGCGGAUCCAUGGGCUAACCCGUUCGCGGAUGCCGAUGCCGGGUCCGGAUGGGGUGAGCCAGGAAUCUCGUCUUUUCAACCCUCGACGUCGACCUCCUCCGCUCCGGCCCCCGAAUCCCCAGAACAGAGCGUCCAUGAUCUACCGCCCGAUCCCCCGAGCGUUAUCGCUGCUCGCGAGCGUGCGGAGCUCGAGGGCGCCGGCGGCUUCGGCAGUGGAGGCUUCGGUGGUGGAUUCGAUGAGGACCCCUAUGCGCCCUCACCGUUCGGAACGCCUGCAGCCCGCUCCCCCACCAAGUCCCCCGAGCCUCCUACGAAGACGAGUCCUGUUGUCUCCCAGAAGCACAUCCCCGCUGGCCUUAUCGACGAGGAGCUGCUCAACGAGAGCGAUCCUAGCGUGAGCUUGAAGAAGGCGUUCGUCAAGCACAAUGCACCUGCCGGAACGAGUAGCGCGCCCGCGACACCGGACAAGAAGUAUGUGUUCAAGCCGAAAGACAAACCCGUUCUCCCCGCACUCCCUCCAGCCAAGAAGGAUGUCAACCCGGCAUCCAUCCCUCUGCCAGAGAGUAUCGCCGGCACGCCCACGACAUCCCGCCCCGAGACGCCGACGCUCUCGACUGACCGCGUUAACAUCUCGCCACUCGAAACGCCUACGGGUGAGACAGAGAAGGACUUUGGCUUCCAGUCAUUAGCGAUCGGUUCGUCUGGCAUGAACGGGAGCUCCAGUCCUACCGCUGGUCGCUUUGGCGGCCGAGGUUGGGGUGCGAUCGAGGCUGACGACACUCCACUCACCGGGUCGGGCGAUCCGUGGAACGAGGGAGGAAGUGGAGGAUGGAACAACGACAGCGCAGCCAAGGAAGAAAGCGAUGACGACUCAGAAGACAACGCUCCGCUUCGUUCGUCGGAGCGGGCGGGCAGCGGCGACAGCACGUCGUCACCGGAUCGCCGGCAGAAGCGUCUGAACACGCCCAUGUUCCAAAUCACGGUAUCCGAUCCUACCAAGGUUGGGGACCCUGUUCGUGGGCACGUCGUGUACACGGUGAAGACGAAGACGACUUCCCCGCACUACCGGCGGGGUGAGUUCAGCGUCCUUCGCCGGUACUCUGACUUCCUAUGGCUGUUUGAGCAGCUGUGCGCGAAUAACCCAGGCGUCAUCGUCCCGCCGAUCCCAGACAAGCACCCGUUCGGGCGGUUCCAGGACCAAUUCAUCGAGACAAGGCGUGCAGCACUGCAGCGCGCGCUUGGCAAGAUGACGUCGCACCCGAUCCUGCAGCUGGACCCGGACCUGCGGCUGUUCCUCGAGUCUGAGAGCUUUGCUAUGGACAUCAAGAAUCGCCGGAGCCAGACGCCAGAAAGCACAAGCAGCUCUGGCCUGCUGGGCUCAUGGACCGGGCCAAAGUACGUGGAGCAGGAUGACUGGUUUGACCAGCGCAAGGCGUACUUGGACCACCUCGAGACGCAGCUGAAGGGCAUCUCGAAGAGCCUCGACAUUGCGUCGAAAGCGCGCCUCGACAUGGCGGACAGCCUUGGUGUGUUCUCGGACUCGACUUUUGCGCUGAGCGAGUCGGACCUGGGCGCCGCCAUGUGCACCGCUUUCAAAAAGCUGAGCGACCUUGUCCGUCGGGAGAAGGAGAUGAACGAAAACCAGGCCAAGGACGACGUAUCCAAGCUCCUGAACCUGUCUGACGAGUACAUUCGCUUCAUUCAGAGCGUGCGCUUAGCCUUCGCGAGCCGCGUCAAGGCCUACCACUACUGGCAGAGCUGCGAGAAGGAGGUGAACAAGGUUCGCUCGGCGCGGGAGAAGCAGCGCCUCGCUGGCCGGGCGGGUGGCAGCGGCCAUGAGGUUGGAGAGGCGGAACGGAGGGCGCGUGACGCGGCUGCCGAGUUCGAGGCCCAGAGCAAGCUGGUGAAGGCCGAGUUUGCGCGGUUCGAGCGCGAGCGGGUCGAUGAGUUCCGCACGACGCUGAGCAACCACCUCGACGACCAGAUCCGGCGGCAGCGCGACAUCACUACCGCUUGGGAGGACUACCACGCCAUGCUCCUCAAGAUGGUGCAGCGUGCGCAGGCUCAGCAGCAAGCCCAGGCUGAGGCGCAGGCCCGCGCACAGGCCACCGCUUGA